CAGUUUCAGGGCGUUGUUAGUUCUUUUUGUCAUUUCUGUAAAGUUUCCUGGGAAACUGGGAAGUAGGAUCAUUCAUGGCUAACUCCUUUCUUGAUGCAGUACAACAACUGACAAGAAACUGGGCUCAUGAUUUAAUUGCAGCCAAUCUUGAGAUGAGGGACAGUGACCAGGAGGCGACGCUUGAGGCAGACCUGAAGGCAAGCGAGAGCUUCCUGAACCAGAGUACACUGCAGCUAGAGAGCUAUGCGAUGUCCCGGCACACGCAGGAGCAACACGCUGCGGACUGGCCUUGCGACCAUCUCACCGACAAUCUGGGGAUGAGGGACAGUGACCAGGAGGCAACGCUUGAGGCAGACCUGAAGGCAAGCAAGAGCUUCCUCAGCCACAGCACACUGCAGCUGGAGAGCAGUUUGAUGUGCCACGACGGUGCAACCAAUGUGGGAGUGAGGAGCAGUGACAACGAGGCGAAGCUUGGGACUGGUCGGAAGACGAAGGAGCGGAGGAGCACGCGUCCGCUGAAGAGGUCUGAGAUGGAUGGACGCACCAAGGCCAAGGAGCACGAGGAGAAGGAGAACGAACAAGCCCAACUGCUCCGGACACCCAUGCCUGUCAACAAGAAGGCUGUAGGACCCAGAUCGGCACGGCGUCGUCGUGUCUUCGCAGAAGCUAACCGGAUCAUGGAUGGGUGAUGGUGGAGCAAGGCAGGGUCACUGGGCUUGUGCUGGUCCUUGGGCUGGAUAUGACUUGAGAUGUAGGAUGGCUUUGAGUUGGAGCUCGUUAAUCCCCGGGGCUGGACGCUGGACCCUCUUGACAUUUUUGGCUCAGAACUAGGAGAGAGAGCAUGGUCAUGUGUAGUAUGCAUGUACAUAGUAUAGUAAGUAGUACAGCGCAGUAGAGGUAUAAUAAGGCUGAAUUGUUUCCAGUUCAAAACUGGGUUCAGUUGAGAAGUUGGGACAAGUUCACGUCUUGUGAAUUGAAUUGAAUCGAAUCUCGGUUC